AGGGGGAGGGAAUCUCUCUCCUUUGCAGUGCCUCCGCCUCUCCUCUCCGGCUGACAGCGACCGGGUUCUCCCUCCACACCCUCUCCCGGUUCCUCGCCCCCUUCUCCACCCACCCUCCUUCCCUCCCUCCCUCCCGAGCGUGCAGGAGGAAAGCCGCAGACUGCGCGCGGCCCAGGGCGCCGGGGGAGGCGGCGGCAGCGGCAGCGGCGGCGGUGGGUGUGUGCGUGUGUGUGAAGGACGCCACCUCUUGCUCCUGCGUUCGCAGGCGGCGGCGGGCGGCGGGGCUUCUCGCUCCGGCAGCGGCGGCGACAGUGGUGGCGGCUUCCGGAGUCCCGCCGCGAAGAUGCUCAAAGUCACGGUGCCCUCGUGCUCCUCCUCGUCCUGCUCUUCGGUCACCGCCAGUGUGGCCCCAGGAGCCGGGAGCCUCGUCCCGGAUUACUGGAUCGAAGGUUCCAACAGGGAUGCGUUGAGCGAUUUCUUCGAGGUGGAGUCGGAGCUGGGACGGGGUGCUACAUCCAUUGUGUACAGAUGCAAACAGAAGGGGACCCAGAAGCCUUAUGCUCUCAAAGUGUUAAAGAAAACAGUGGACAAAAAAAUCGUAAGAACUGAGAUAGGAGUUCUUCUUCGCCUCUCACAUCCAAACAUUAUAAAACUUAAAGAGAUAUUUGAAACCCCUACAGAAAUCAGUCUGGUCCUAGAACUCGUCACAGGAGGAGAACUGUUUGACAGGAUUGUGGAAAAGGGAUAUUAUAGUGAACGAGAUGCUGCAGAUGCUGUUAAACAAAUCCUGGAGGCAGUUGCUUACCUACAUGAAAAUGGGAUUGUCCAUCGUGAUCUCAAACCAGAGAAUCUUCUCUAUGCAACUCCAGCCCCAGAUGCACCACUCAAAAUCGCUGAUUUUGGACUCUCUAAAAUUGUGGAACAUCAAGUGCUCAUGAAGACAGUGUGUGGAACCCCAGGGUACUGCGCACCUGAAAUCCUUAGAGGCUGUGCCUAUGGACCUGAGGUGGACAUGUGGUCUGUCGGAAUAAUCACCUACAUCUUACUUUGUGGAUUUGAACCAUUCUAUGAUGAAAGAGGUGAUCAGUUCAUGUUCAGGAGAAUUCUGAAUUGUGAAUACUACUUUAUCUCCCCCUGGUGGGAUGAAGUAUCUCUAAAUGCCAAGGACUUGGUUAGAAAAUUAAUUGUUUUGGAUCCUAAGAAACGGCUGACUACUUUCCAAGCUCUCCAGCACCCAUGGGUCACAGGCAAAGCAGCUAAUUUUGUACACAUGGAUACUGCUCAAAAGAAGCUCCAAGAAUUCAAUGCCCGACGCAAGCUUAAGGCAGCAGUGAAGGCCGUGGUGGCCUCUUCCCGGCUGGGAAGCGCCAGCAGCAGCCACAGCAGCAUCCAAGAGAGCCAGAAGGCCGGCCAGGCACCUUCUUCGAUUCAGGAUGGCAGUGAAGAUGUUAAAGCUAUCUCAGAAGGAGAGGAAGUUCAAGGAAGUGGGGCCCCAGUGGCAGUUGAGCGGGCAGAGGCUGAGCUGAUGAAGGUACAGGCCGUAGAAGAAGUUAAAGAUGCUGAUAUAAGUGCUGCCAAGGCCGCCAGUGCGGUGCCCAAAGCACUAGAAGAUGGGACAAAGGUGGCUGACCCGGGAAUCGAGGAGGGCCUAGUAGAGGAGAAGCUGAAGACCUCGGAGGAAGCAGCAGCCUCCAAACAAGAGCAAGAAAACCCGGCUGUGGUAUUUGGAGCUCAGCAGAAUGAUGUGAUCCUGCCAGAGUACUGAUUUGGCUUCUUUCCAGUCGGGAGGCCAAAUGCGGGCACUUUGUAUGUUUUGUCCUUCAGCAAGGAAGAUGUGGAAGCAUGAUCUGCAUUAUAGUGAUUCUGUUUUUUGAGGUGAAAAAAAAAUACAUAUAUAUCAGUUGGUAAUCCUAA